AUGAAAUUCAAUCUUUUCUUACUCCUCUUAACUAUCUUUGCCGUGGUUGCUCUCGCGUAUCCGAACGAUCAACGAACGGGAACGAAUCUAUUGAAACGUCAAAGAAAUCCAAACUGCAGAAUGGAUUGUUGUACUCCUGGUAAUGAUAAAUGCGUUCAGGAAUGUGGUAAGCCUACCUGCACUUGCAAUCCCAAGGCUUCUUGCUGUAGAAAUGCUGAUCAGACAUGUAAAGAUGUAGUUAAUUCUGACUAUCAUCGUCCCAGAAUUCAUAAAAGUCAAAUGGCCAUUUGUUCAUUAAUAUGGUUUAUGGGACAAAGAAUUGGUCGUUUGGAACAAAAAUGGUUGACUUGA